UGACGCCAUUUCCUGGACGGACAGGACAACCGCUGCAUUCACACUAAAGCAACAACGACGGAUGUAAAUAUAAAACAAACAUAAAAGUACACAUUUAAUGUUUUAAGUUGUACUUCAACACGAUAUGUUAUCGGCUAAUAAGUAUUUAAUGGGACGUUUUUCGUUUGUGUAGUACAAUGUAAUGGCUCACGUUUGCAUGCGAGCGUGCUAGCGAGGGUUAGCAUCGAUAGCAUCGAGUCUCGGGCUGAAUGUGAGCACAAAGGCGGUGACCCGCUCGUCUCAAUUCGGAGUCAUGUAUCCUUCGUGGGGGAACUAUGGUGCGCCCCCGCCUCAAAACUUCCCGGGGCCCGGCCAGCGGAAGAUGCCGGGGGGAGGCCACGCCGGGCCGCCGUCGAGUUUCGGCUGCAUGCAGGCCCCGUCGAGCGGCUCCAUGUUCUCCAACCUGCAAGAGCAGCAUCUCCAGCAGAUGCAGCAGCUUCAAAUGCUGCACCAGAAGCAGCUUCAGAACGUUCUCCAUCACGGUAGCGGUAUGGGACCCCCCAGUGGAUACUCGGCGCCGGCGUGGCAGUCGGCGGAAACGGCCCCGAUGGAUCGCGGGGCCGGGAUGCAGGCUCACAUUCAAGGAGACACUAUCGCGAACAAACCGGACCAUUCGCAGCCUCCGGUUCCCACGCAGCAGCACAAGAUUGAACCCCAACCGGCGCCUCCUCCCCCGGAUCCAGCUAAAGAUGCAAUGGGGAUGGAAGCAGUCGGUAAAGACGAAAACUCCAGUUUGCCGGAUCAACAGCAACUUUGGUACCAACAGCAUUUACAGAAUCUGCAAAAGUUGAAGCAAGAAAGGGCCAAGCAGAACCAAAAGGAAGGCGAGCCCCCCAACAGCCAAGGAGCCCAACCUCCUCCUCCGCCCCCGUCAGAGCCACCCGCAGGUGCGCCACCUCCGCCUCCUCCAAAAGAGGACCAGCCUGCACCACCUCCGCCUCCAGAGCCUGACUCUAAACAAGACCCGGAGGAGGCGGACCGUCUCCAGAAGCUACAGGCUGCAGCGGCUCAGUGGCAGCAGGUGCAGCAGCAGAGAGUCAGCUUACAUUAUCAGGCGCUUAUGCAGCAGCAUGAAAAACUUCAGCAGAUACUCGAAAAGUAUCAGCCGCUCAUUCAGCAACCUCCAAACCUACAGGCAAUGACGCCCGAGAUGCAGCUCCGGCAUUACCAAAGGCAGAAGCAGCAGUUCAUCCCCCUGUUACAGGAAUGGGAAGUGACCUUCAAAAUGUGGUUUGAGCAGUUCCAAACAUAUCCGCACAAAGAUCAGCUACAUGAUUACGAGAACCAAUGGAAGCAAUGGCAGACUCAGAUGAAUGCCACCAAUGACCACCUUCAGGAGACGAUCUCCGCUCUCACCGCAAUUGUACCGUAUGCUUCGAUGCAGUAUAACAAUCCAGGUAUGGGGCAAUAUGGCAGUUAUCCCGUCCAAGAUAUGUCAGUGCCACCGCCACCAAUCGCUCAACCACCAGUGACUCAGUCACAAAUGGCCCAGCUACCCCCACCACUACCUGUGGUUGCUGGUGGUCCUACAUCCCAAGGUCCACCACCUGGUCCCCAAACCGGUCCACCGCCGGGUAAGCCUCACACUCCAGCUUCUGUACCUCCACCCACUGGAGGCCCCCCGACAGAAAUUGGACCUACGUGCCCAAUGAAUGUUCCGCCACCAAACUUCAACAGCAUGGGGGGUCCAAGAGGAAACAACCCCAGAUUCAACCAGCCAAUGCGCUUUGAUGGACCUCCAAGAUUUGAUCAUCGCUUUGAGGCUCCCCCUCAGUUCCAGCCACCUCAACAUGGCUUCAACGGCUCUCCUCAGUUUAACCAACCUGGGUCGCGUUUUAACGGUCCUCCUAGGUUUGAUCAACCCCCCCAGCGAUUUGGCGAACCGCCACCUUUUAACCAACCUGGUUCACGCUUUGACGGGCCUCCCAGGUUUGACCAGCCUCACCAGCGCUUUGAUGGCCCGUCCAAAUUUGAACAACAAGCACCCAAACCCGGGCGUCAGUCUCGAUUUGACCAGCCCCCUAAACAGACUGGUCCACAGCCUCCCACGGAAGGUUCCCCAGUGCCUCCGCCAAAACAACAGGGCCCUCAGCCUCAAGUCAAACAAGAUCCCAAGCAACCUACCAGUGUGGAUUCUUCAUUAAAAUCAGUUGAGUUGCCACAAUCUGAUCAAGUAAAGAGUCAAACUCCAACUAGUAAGACAAUUUCUGAAAAAGAAAAACUCGCUGACUCGCUUAAAAAUGCUCAAUCCACAAACGAUGAUGAUACAAUGGAUAUCUGCAACUCGCCCCAAUCUGCUGACAGUAAGCCUGCCCAGCCUGCAGCUACUCCUGUUGAAUCCAAUGAAAAAGACAAAUCACAAAAUUAUCCCAAACCAAAUGGGCCGUCAAAAAACAACAAUAAUCUUUCCUCGACACAACAGGAGGAGCACCCACCUACACAAUUCCAGUCAAGACCAGAACCUGUGGGGCCUCCCUAUGGUAGAGGACGAGGUCAUCCCUUAGGCUUUAUGCCAGGUAGAGGACGAGGACACGGGCAAUUCGGACACGGAGAAUUCAGUGGCCAUAACACCGGUCCAUCUGGGGGGGAGACAGAGGAAAUGUCUAAUGAAUUUAUGCCUCCUGAGGAAGAAUUAUAUGAGCAACAAGAUGAGGCAUAUUACUGGCAAGAUCCAUCAUAUGAGGAGUUUGGUGCUGAGGGUUAUGAGGAGCCAAAUGAAGAAAUUUGGAUGCCAGAAGACAAUCACUACGAAGUAGGGGAAGAAUAUUAUGAAGAUUCGGUUGAAGAACCUCCUGUGGGUAUGGGUGAGGAAAUGAUUAGAGGACAUCCUAUGUCCCGAGGAGGACCACCCAUGGGAAGAGGUGGACCGCCAAUGGGAAGAGGUGGACCGCCCAUGGGACGAGGUGGUCCGCCCAUGGGCCGAGGUGGACCACCCAUGGGACGAGGUGGUCCGCCCAUGGGACGAGGUGGUCCGCCCAUGGGACGAGGUGGUCCGCCCAUGGGACGAGGUGGACCGCCAAUGGGACGAGGUGGUCCGCCCAUGGGACGAGGGGGACCGCCCAUGGGGAGAGGGGGACCGCCCAUGGGGAGAGGGGGACCGCCCAUGGGCAGAGGGGGACCACCCAUGGGGAGAGGAGGACCGCCCAUGGGGAGAGGAGGACCGCCCAUGGGGAGAGGUGGACCGCCCAUGGAAGGUGAUGGGCCACUCAUGGAAGGUGAUGGGCCACUCAUGGAAGGAGAUGGGCCGCCCAUGGAAGAAGAUGGGCCACCAAUGGAGGAAGAUGGGCCACCGAUGGGCAGAGGUGGACACCAUUUGGGUAGAGGUGGACCCCAUUUGGGCAGAGGUGGACCCCAUUUAGGCAGAGGUGGACCCCAUUUAGGCAGAGGUGGCCCGCAUAUGGGUAGACCAGAACCAGAUAUUGAUUCAGAAAAUCCAGAUAUUGAUGCAGGAGGUCCCCCCAUGGGUCCAGGAGGUCCCCCCAUGGGUCGAGGAUAUCCGCCCGUCGGUCAAGGAGGUCCGCCCAUGGGUCGAGGAGGUCCGCCCAUGGGUCGAGGAGGUCCGCCCAUGGGUCGAGGAGGUCCGCCCAUGGAUCGAGGAGGUCCGCCCAUGGAUCGAGGAGGUCCGCCCAUGGAUCGAGGAGGUCCACCCAUGGGUCGAGGAGGUCCGCCCAUGGGUCGAGGAGGUCCCCCCAUGGGUCGAGGCGGCCCGCACAUGGGGAGAGGGGGCCCGCACAUGGGGAGAGGUGGCCCACCCAUGGGUAUAAGAGAACCCAUGGAUGGCCAAUGGGAAGAAACAGGGCCACCUGAGUACUACGAAGAAGAGGAACCUUACUGGGGAGAGGACGGCCCUCCAAUGAGAGGGAUGAGACCCCCAUUUCCAUCCGGCCGUGGUCGUCCUCCACGUGGCCAUCCUGGUUUUAUGCGGGGUCGUGGAAUCCCUCCGCACCUAAGGCAUGGGCCAAUGGAAGAAGAGGCAUUUGCCUACGGUAUGGACCAUGGUAAUAUGGACAUGGAGGAAGAUGAUAAUUACAUGUACCAGGGUGACGAUCCUCAUAACUUCAUGCACCCGGGUGCAGGAAGGGGAAGGCGGCCACCCCCACCACCUCAUGAAAUAAUGGAUCUUGAUGCCGAUCAGUUUUACCACAAAGAGAUGGAGCGUGAACAUGACUGGGAGCCACCCUAUGGCAGACGUCCUCCAAUGCCACAUGAGUUCAUUGAAAGGGGUGACGAAAUGAGAAGCGGGCCAAUGGGUCGUGGAAUGGCACGAGGUGCGAUGCAUCCAGGUAUGCCUCAUGAACAGGAGGAAGGGUACAGGUAUCGUUUCGUUGAGGACUAUGGCCACGGAGAAAAUGCUUAUGGACACAAGGAAGACGACUACGAGCGAAGGCCACCACAUCCGAAUGACCCUCGGCGCGAGGACAGAUUCUUUGACCCUGAAUGGGACAGAGGGCGAUCUCCACCGGAUAGGGAAUAUCCACCACCCCCAGAACAUUACCGAGAUGAGCGCUGGGCUGAGGAAAGAGAGCGAGGUCCUCCACAUCCAAUUGAUGAGUAUGACCGCAGAAGAGGCGAAAUCAGAGAACGAGAUUACGAGCCGCCGCCCCGACAGGAAGAUCUGGCACGCCCUCCAAAUUGGGAUCACCCUUCGAGAUUUGACUCGCCAACAGAGAGAAUGUAUCCCCCCUAUCAGGACCGCAGAGACGAGCCUCCUUUGGAUAGACCUCCACUCCAAAAUGAACCUAGCAGUAACCAGUCAGAGAAUUCAGCUGAACAACAGGGAGGGAAUGUCCUCUCUCUUUCCCAGCGGCAACAUGAAAUCAUUUUGAAGGCUGCCCAAGAAUUAAAACGGAUGAGAGAACAACAGGAGGUGAAGCCUGGAUCUGCAUCUCAGCAUGCAGCAGGUGACACCUUACCCGAGCUUCCUGCUAGUCUUCUUGGUUUGGAGAUACCGAUAGAAGUCAGAAAUGCUCUGAAGGGUAUGGCUGCAUCUGCUCAGACACCUAAAACACCGUCUUGGGAUACAAAUCCUGCCGCGCCUGUUACUCCAGUGAUUCCAAAGACUGUGGAUUACGCCCACGGACAUGAACCUGGUACUACUGUCGAGCGGAUCGCUUAUGGUGAGAGGAUUGUGUUGAGACCUGAUCCAGACAGAGGCUAUGAAAAAGAACCUCUCCGAGAGCCCUACAGCAGGGAUCCCUUUUACGAUAGACGGCCAGACCCUUAUAUGGACCGUCGGGAGUACAGUCGAGAAAGAGAAUUCUACCGGGAAAAACCUCCACAAGAUUUCGAGCGGGACCGAUACGGAAGGGAACGAUACGCUCCAAGAGAACGCGACGAUAGCUCGCUAAUGAUGGUUGAAGAAAGGCACGCACUUCGUCCAGGUUUCCGGGAAAGAGAACGCGAAUUCCGAGAGAGGGAUCGCAGCAACAGCCGCGAACGAGAGGAUCCUUUCGGUAGGCCGGGAUACGACAGGCCUCACUAUGAGCGCCCUGGAAUGGAACGUGGCGGGCCCGAUCGCUAUGGCCCUACCGUGCCACCGUUUGACCGAAGAGGUUACCCAGAAGACCGAGGAGGACCGCCCACCGGACCCCCACUCGCAACGCCCCCGCAGCCGCUCCCGCAGCCACUCCCACCUGUCGAGAAGAAGCCCGAGAUCAAGAAUGUGGACGAUAUCCUCAAACCGCCGGGACGGAUGUCACGGCCCGAGAGGAUCGUCGUCAUCAUGAGAGGGCUACCUGGGAGUGGAAAGAGCCACGUUGCAAAGCUCAUACGAGAUAAAGAGGUUGAUUGCGGCGGCGCCCCACCAAGAGUUCUGGUUUUAGACGACUAUUUCAUGACUGAGGUUGAAAAGGUGGAGAAAGACCCUGACACGGGAAGGAGGGUCAAAAGGAAGGUACUUGAAUACGAGUUCGAGCCGGAACUGGAAGGCACAUAUCGCAACAGCAUGCUGAAGACCUUCAAGAAAACUCUGGACGAUGGCUUUUUCCCUUUCAUUAUAUUGGACACUAUCAACGACAGAGUCAGCCAUUUUGAGCAGUUCUGGAGCGCUGCUAAAACGAAAGGUUUUGAGGUCUAUAUUGCUGAAAUUACUGCUGACACCCACACUUGCGCAAAGAGAAACAGCCACGCGCGCACACUUAAGGAUAUAAUGAAGAUGUCCAACAAUUGGGAGUCCACGCCUCGUCACAUGGUCCGCUUAGACGUGCGAGCCCUGCUGCAGGACGCCGCGAUCGAAGAGGUGGAAAUGGAAGACUUCAAUCCAGAGGAGGAGCCUAAAGAAGCUAAAAGAGAGGAGGAAGAAGAGGGUGAUCUGGGCUACAUUCCAAAAAGCAAAUGGGAGAUGGAUACGUCGGAAGCAAAACUCGACAAGCUGGACGGUUUGGGGAGCGGCAGCAAGAGGAAGCGUGACGGCGACCACAUGGCAGGUUUGGAGGACUACCUUCAGCUGCCAGAUGACUACGCCACCCGCAAGUCUCAGCCGGGAAAGAAGAGGGUGCGAUGGGCCGAUCUGGAAGAGCAAAAGGACGCCGAUCGCAAGCGAGCUAUCGGCUUCGUGGUGGGCCAAACAGACUGGGAAAAAAUCACGGAUGAUAGCGGCCUACUUGCACAGAAAGCGCUCAACCGGACAAAAUAUUUCUAAAAGAUCAUCUUAACCCCCUACUUUUUUUGGUUUGCAUUCGAGGUGUCAAGAUUGUGAACAAGACUCUUCUAUCAAUUGUCUAUUUUUCCUAGAUAAGGAUAGCUUAUCAUUUUUUUUUUUUUAAGGUUUAGGGCAGCGUUCUAGUAGUCGUUGUGCAUUCAUGGUCAAGAUUUGAUGUUUUAUAUCUGUACCUAUGUUUCUUCAAUUGUGUUGACUGUAUGAAAACAAUAAAGAAACCUACACAGUUUAAAUGACCAAUGUGCAGUUGUUUCAAAUUGUUUCCAUUGAAUGUAAAAAAUAGUUUCAGAAUUUAAGUUAUAUUUUUUACUCUCUGGACCCUUUUCCCAAGCUCAUUUGGUGGCCAUUUUUCCUUGAUUUUACUCUGUAGGUAAUGUCUGAUUAUUGUAAGAUUUAGUUAGUCUAAUAUGUGUUCGGGUUCAUUAUUUGAACACAUGACUGCUGUCAAACGUUUAAUCCAUUUUAACUGGGAAGGCUGCUAAGCCAGAUGGUCAUGAGCUGUGGCGUUCCCCAGGGGUCAAUCUCGGCACCCCUGCUGUUCAUUCUGCCUCACAAAACAUUGAUAAAAUAAAAGAAAAUGCUUAUUUUUAUGUUGUACGGAAGGGUUUUAUUUUUUUGUCACACUGUAAAGCACUUUAAAUUGUGUGUAGUAUUUUUUUGUACACUCAAACAGGUCUUGGUUCAGAACACAUUUUGAUUUUGACUUUGUUUCAGUGACGUUUUGGUCCAGUACCGCUUGUGAUCUUGAGCACAAUCUACGAGUAGCUUGUUUCAGACAUGAUAAACAGGCAUUAGAUGAUUCUUCAAAUUGUUUCCAUUGAAUAUAAAAUGUAGUUUUACAACUUGACUUUAGUCAUAUUGUUACUCUCUGGACUCUUUUUUUUUUUUUUUUUCCCCCAAGCUCAUUUCGUGCCCAACUUUUCCUUGAUUUUAUUCUGUAGGUAAUGUCUGAUUAUUGUAAGAUUACUUAGUCUAAUAUGCGUCUCGGUUCAUUAUUUGAACAUAAUAUGAUUCAUGUCAUUAAAAAUCUAAUCCAUUUUAACUGGGAAGGCUGUUUAUGAGCUGUGGCGUUCUUCAGGGGUCAAUCUAGGCACCCCUGUUUGUUCUGCAUCCAAAAACAUUGAUAAAGCAAAGAAAAUUCCUAUUUUCAUGUUAUUAGGAAGGAUUUUAUUUCCUUUUUGUCACACUGUAAAUCACUUUGAAUAGCUGUGAGUGUGGAGGGUUUUUUUUGUACACUCAAAGAGGUCUUGGUUCAGAACACAUUUUGAUUUUUACUUGGUUUCACUGACUUUUUGAUCCAGUACCGCUUGUGAUCUUGAGCAAACAGGUAUUAGAUGUUGGUUCAAAUUGUGUCCAUUGAAUGUAAAAAGUAGUUUUGGAACUUUAAAUCGUAUUUUUACUCUGGACCCUUUUUCCCAAACUCAUUUGUUGCUCAUCUUUUGCUUGAUUUUACUCUGUAGGUAAUGUCUGAUGAUUGUAAGAUUGACUUAGUCUAAUGUGCGUCUGGGUUCAUGACAAAAUGUGAGUGCUGUGUCACGUCUAAUCCAUUUUAACUGGGAAGGCUGAGCUGUGGCGUUCCCCAGGGGUCAAUCUCUGCACCCCUACUGUUCAUUUUGCAUCAAAAAAAAAACAUGAUGAAAUCAAAAUUAAUCCUUGUUUUUAUGCUCUCUUUUUUUUACAUUUAGGUAAAUGUAAGCAUUUUGAAUGGCCUUGAGUGUGAAUUUUUUGUAUACUCAAAAUAGUUCUUGUUUCAGAACAUAUUCUCAUUUUGGCUUUGUUUCAUUGAUUCUUUGGUCCAGUCUUGGUUGUGAUCUUGAGUACAAUACCAAUGAAGUCCAGCUAGUUUCAGAUGGGAUAAAAAGGCAUUUUAUUUUAACCCAUUGGCUACCAUUGACGCCUAUAGACGUCCAAUCCAGCGGCACUGUAACAAAAUCUUUCACUGCUUGCUGUCCCAGUUCAAAUGGAUUGGAUCUCAGCUCUUCGGCAUCUUCAAUUCUGAUGGGAACUCUUAAAAAUGUGUACCGUACUUAUUUUUCCUUCGGCCUUUAUUACAUGAGGUUAUGAUACAGGUGACUUUAAUAUAGCGUGUUAUUCAAGGGCACGCCAGUCUUCUUCAUGCUUGAACAUUGAAGUUUGGAUUUGAAAUCUGAAGCCAGCAAGACUCACUUUUUACGAGGAAAAUAUUUCCGUCCUGGAAACCAGGAGGAACGACCUGGAAUUUUCCGUCUUAUCAGUUUCUUAUUGGAACUGUUCGUGGAAGUCAAACCCGGGAUUAUCUGUGAAAUUCCUGAAGACUGAAGAAAUUGGUGGUGUUGAAAAACGGUGGUGAGUAUGAAGACGAAAAUGAGAGCUCUGAUGUUUUUUCGAUUUCGCUUUUGUAACAAUGAGUUUUAAUAAAUUUCAUACUGUUGGAAAGCCUCUGUAAAAUUGCGAGCUUUUUAUUUCACUACCAGACAGGUCGAUGUUUUAAAGAAACACAACGACGACAGAUUUUCGGGCAUUGUGAGCUACAAGAACAACUUCAGGACUCGACAUAAUUUUGAUCAUUUUGAAAAGGCGACGUCGACCAACAGAAUUUUGAGCAUUUGAUUGUCACUACGAUGCAGAAAUUUGAAAACGUGGACCAACGAAGAAGCACCAAGACGACUAGAAAUGUGUUUUAUUUCAACUGCUAUUAAAUAUUUACAAAGCACUGACUUGUGUCUUUAUUUUUUAAGGCAAAUCAAUGUCAUUGUGUCAUGGAUUGAAAACAAAUCUCCAAAGUUCUAUUAAAAACAAACCCAAUUUGUCAAGGUAAAGCAAUUAAAAGGUUGUCUUUUGCAAUGCUAACCUGCUAGCAAACUGAAGUGCAGCGAUUAAUCGAAAUGUAAUCGAUCAACAUUCAUGGCGAUUAUUAUGUUGUGAUGUUUUGUAUUGCUUACUUUGCCAUAAUGUGAUGGAAACGUUACAAAAAUCUUAACGCAAUUCAUCGAUUAAAACAUUUGACAGAUUUAUUACAUCUCGGACAAAAAAAUCUGACAUCAGCCAAAAUUGUUGAAUCUGUAAAUGUGCCUUGCUACAACAGUAUAUUGCUAAUGUUAGGUUCAUAAGCUAUCCAGGAAAAUUUGUGUUUUCUUCAGAUCUAUUGAAAGUUUUAGCAAUUCAUCCGGAUGUAUCAUGUUUUUCACUAUUUUCUUAACGAACAUUAUUGCUCACAAAUGGAAAAAAAACUCUUGGUUCUGUUGUGGUCAUGUACAUGUACGUUAUACUCAAAUUUUCAUCCAUAAAUCUUGAAUUGAGCUGGAACGUCCGCAUCCAGCUUAGAGAUGAUCUUGUAGAUAGCCUUCUUCCAGGACGGAUCUCGGUCCUUGGCGGCGGAAAUGGCAGUGUAGAAUUCCCGCAGUGUAAUCUCGGCCACUUCCAGGAAACGAUUGGGGACCUGUUUUAAAGUCAGAUUAAUUACUAAACGGCUUCUGAACAAGAGAUUUUUUUAGUAGAGUUGUCCGAUAAUGACAUUUUAACCGAUAUCCUGAUAUUGUCCAACUUCAGAAAUCUGAUAUAUUCGAUCGUGGACUUAACAUAUUAUGGCUACCGUACUUUGCGGACUAAAAGCCGCUAGUUUUUUCCCUCAUUUUGAAUCCUGCGGCUUAAAUGUCCAAUGCGGCUUAGUUGUCCAUUUAUUGGGUUAAUAGGUAACACUUUAUUUGACAGCGGCAUCAUAACACCGUCAUAAUUAUGACAUGACUAUCAUGGGCAUUAAUGAA